GAGACGACCGUUGGACCCGAAGACGUGUUUUAAGGAAUGUUAUUUUUUUUAUAUAAACAAAAUCAAUACAAAAAGUACAUGGGGGAACACAAGAAUAUAGAAAUAAUAUAGAAAGGACAAUUGGGCUAGGGGGUACAAUAUCACAUUACACAAGGACCUUAAGGGACAUACACACACUUAGACAUAACAUACAUAACAGCUUUUUUGUUGGUAGAAUAUUUCAUUGUCUUAAAAUUUGGUUCAAUUUAUUUUGUAAGGUAAGAAAAUGUUUUAUUUGUAAAUUUACAUUUGUGAAUAUGACAUUUGGCCAAAAUAAUAAUAAAAUUAAUUACCUAGAAUUGUUUCAUAUUGGCACUCCCCAGUAGGCGCAGUUCUCCAUAGGAAUUAAUAGAAUGCUACAGUAUUUCAAUUAGAAUGUUUGAAUGACAAAUUUACAUGUAUUUAGGUAUAUGUUUGUUAUAAUGGGGACAGUACUUUUUCAUAUUUAAUUUUUAUGUUUAGGUCACAAUAUGUAAAAGUAUGCAUUAAGGUAUCUGUAAUAGAAUACAUGUGGCAAAAAUGUAUGUAGACAUUAAUAAAUACAUUUCUAUAGCCUCCAAAAUAUAUAUAUUUUUACAGCGGUGAGGGAGUGCCAAGAUGGAGGCAUGGUGGCUUUAAUACAGUUACCCAUCUAGUGUAUAUAUAAAUAAUUGACGGCAAAGGCUGUUGAAGAAUGGUGCGCACACGGUUUUGGGGAAAUGUGUCUUUCAGUACAAACCUUCACAUAACCUAGCAAAUGUGGAAUCAAACUGAACGCACCCCUGAAAAAAUGAAUAAAAAUGAACCCAGGGCAGAUGCGCACCGAGAGAUGGCUACACCUGUCCGUUUCUAUGAAAUCAAUUAAAUAUCGUAUUCAUCUGCACUACCUAAGAAGACAGACAAGAGCAAUAUUUCAAGGUGGGCCUACUCUAUUGGGGAGAUUGUCUAGCCAAGCCAGCACUAUCAAGUGAGUGCAGGCGAAGGAAAGGAGAAAAGGAGAGGAAGCAAUGGACUUUAGACUUUUGGGAUGAUACACCCACUGGUUAAAGUCCAUUUGGAGGCGUGCAGCUGUUAAACUUCUGCACUUCUCACUGGGAAAUCAGCACAGGCCACUCUAAUAAGUAAUGGAGAUUCCAGUAUUCAUUGUUGAUGCAUUUACCAAUUUACCUUUCAAAGGAAAUCCUGCAGCAGUUUGUCCCCUUUUACAUGAAUUGCAGGAUGAUAUGUACCAGAAAAUUGCUGCUGAGAUGAACCUGUCAGAGACUGCCUUCAUCAUAAGGCUAAAUUCAAAAGAUGACUUCAGCUCAGGAGCACGCUUCCGUUUGCGUUGGUUCAGCCCCACCAAUGAGGUUCCUCUGUGUGGACAUGCCACCCUAGCUUCAGCUGCUGUACUGUUUUACAAAAAAAAAAAUGUCAACGCAACAGUGGUAUUUGAGACUUUGAGUGGAGAGCUGUAUGUGCAACAACAGGGGGAAUCUAUAGUGAUGGAUUUCCCUCUGAAUAAACCUACUCCGCUGGGUCUCAAUGAAUUUAAAGACAUAGUUAAUGCUGCUGUGGGAGACCAGCCGGUUCGAGAAGUGUGCCUCUGUGGCACCACCAAAAAGCUAAUGGUGCGCCUUGCUGACACUUGUGACAGGUCAGUGCUCACAUCCCUGCAGCCAGACCCAGCAGUUCUUCUCCGUGUAAACACUGGAGGAAGGGUUAGGGGUCUGAUUGUCACCAUGAUUGGAGCCCCUGGCUGUCAGCCUGGCUAUGACUUCUACUCCAGAAACUUCUCCCCCUGGUUUGGGAUUCCUGAGGACCCUGUGACUGGCUCUGCACAUACUGUCCUUGCAGGCUACUGGUCUGAGAAACUGGGCAAGAAAAAGAUGCUGGCCUAUCAGUGCUCCAGUCGUGGUGGGGAGUUGGAGCUGGAACUACGGGAUGAUGGCAGACUGAAUAUCGCUGGCCAGGCUGUAACCGUCCUGCAAGGGAUUCUAACUGUGUAGAGGCUAUACUGUUCACGUCGACCUAGCCAAAUAAUCUGUAGACCUAGCUGUGGCUACAGAUUAUUUGAGUUUGAGAUUAACAAUUUGAUACAAUGGAAUAGUCAUUUAACAGAUGCUCUUAUCCAGAGCGAUUUACAGGUUUGGGUUAAGUGCCAUGCCAAGGGCACAGGCAGACUUUUCACCAAGUUGGCUCAGGAUUCGAACCAGCGACUUUUCAGUUACUGGCCCAACGGUCUUUAACCGCUAGUCUACCUGCCGCUCUAGUGAACACUCAGCAUACAAUCCUCACCAUUUGUAUUUGGACAGUAAUCUUAACUUAAAAUCUAGGCUCUAUAGCCCAGCAUUUUGGAUUCGAGAUCAAGUUUUGAGUAGGAGGCGAGAAUACAGAAUGUCACUUAAUGUGUGUGUAUUUUCAUACAUAUUGGUUGCAACACUAUAUACACAGAGCGUUGCCAUUCUUAAAAUGACUUAUUUUGGUGUUCAAACUUUUGUUCAUGUUUUAUCUAAAGUCUGGCACUGCAACAUAAGCAUGAGGAAGUAUAUUUCUGGUUAGGGUAAAUUUCUGAAAACCAAGUGAAAUCGCAAAAAAAAGAAAGUGUCUGUAACCUCCUGUUCUCUACAUAUGACCCCAUGUCUGGACUCCAAAAUGCAGAUUUGGUUCCAAUAAAGAAAACUUCUCAUUUAAUAAGACAAAAGCCCUUCAUGAACCAUGUCCCCCCAUUUUAAGUCAGAAUUAGAAUUUAUGCUUCAUUUUCCAAAUACAUAUGGCGAGGACUGUAUUUCAACAGUCUGGAAUUUUACUGACAGGGACACAAGGGAAACAAAUGUACAACACUUAAAAUGAUUUAUUCAUAGAAAUUUUCAAAAAAAGUAAAAGCUUGACAAUCAGCACUGGCUCAGAAACAAGACUAAUGACCAAUCUUAAUCUAACGGAGGUCUGUGAGGCAAUGUCUGAGCAAUUGCUACAGAGCAGAUUUAGUGUAAAUGGUGCCUGUACUUCAACUUUCGAAUGGUCACAUUCUGUUGUAAUAAAAAUCAUUAAAACAAUAACA